AUGUCGAGGCUUGUUGUUGUGGUCUCGUGCAUCCUAUCGAAGUGGAUAUCCUUGAUAGCCUUGCGCCGCAGCAUGGCAAUGAUUCCAUCUCCCUUUGCUUCGUGUGAAGCGAAGUUGAGGACCUUGGUCCCGGAUGGAACCGAGAGAAAGGCCCAUUGGUCUCAUAUACCUUUCCUGGAACAACAGGUUAAAAAGCCAUGGAUGAACCGUGGCAAAAGUCUGUCUCAGAUUCUAUUUUUGGACAUCUGGUCUUUUCGCUUGAAGCUCGGUAUAAGUUGCGCUUGUGUGCAGCUCAUGAUAGCAAAUAUUUUGAAUGCAUCGCUUAAGCUGGUGGAAAGGUGA